CUUUAAUUUAGUAAUAUUUGCAACCUGAAAUAAUUCAUUUGCAAAUCAAAAAGUGUAUAGCACUGAAAAUUGUUACACUUUUAGAGAAUCAGCAAUUUCAUUGGAACAAGACAGAGAAGUAUUACUCGCAUUACUUAACAACUUUCGAUCUGAUCCUAAUUUUCAAAAAUUGGGUGAAGCUGCUUGUGAUGAUAUCACUGCUACAGCCGUUCGUUUAUCUAAUCGUUGUAAAUCCGUGGAAAUUACAGUAAACACACCACGAAAUGCACAACAAGUACAGGCUCUCGACAAUGUAAACAGUAUGAUUACAAGUCUGGUCAAAAAAAUGGAAGAUAAUAUAAGUCAAGCAAAAGAAAAAGCAAAAUCGUUUUUCAAUGCGUGCUCGCCAGAUUCCCCUGAUGGACCAAUCGACCAUCAAUUUCAAGCUCAAAUUAUUGAUUGCACAGCCGAUGAUCAAAAGAAUAUCCGAACUCGACUAAGUAUUUUAAUCGAUCAAAUUGAACGAACCCAAAAUUAUAUCGAAUCAUUGUAA